GAGAGAACGAAACGCCGUUGCCUCGCGUCGCCUCUUCGUCCUCUCCCCGCCACGUUCUCUCCGCUCCCUCGCCGACGCCGCGGUGCCGCCCAGCCCCGCAGCCCGCCGCCCGCGGAAGGCCCCGGGGCUCCUGGCUCGCUCGCGGAGCUAAGGCAACCGGCGCCUUUCUCUCGAUCGAUCAUUUCUUCUGUGUUGAUCCGCGGGUUUAUCUUUGGGGAACUGGAGAACAAUUCCAUUCUUCUUGAACUUCGAGGUUUGGAUAUUCGGAUUGAGUGGCAGCAUAGGAGUGUAGCACUCAAGGCUUUAUGUUCUUAUUCUCAGUGUUGUUCGGCUAUGAUUUGGAGAGUUCUGAAGUCUACUGUCUGUUCCAUAUUGUCUUUAGCAAGUACAUGAAGUAAAAGUAUCAGUCCUGAGUAUUUGUCGUGAUUCUGACCAGGAAUUGGUUCUUUUAGUUCGUGACAAAAAAGCCCACCAGAAAUGGUGGCAUCUUUAGACAAUGUGAGGGGCUUGACUUUGGCCAUGUCAUCUAGUGCAUUCAUUGGCUCAAGUUUUGUGAUCAAGAAAGUUGGGUUGAAGAAGGCUGGGGAUAAUGGUGUGAGAGCAGCUUCUGGAGGCUUCUCGUAUCUGUACGAGCCGUUAUGGUGGCUAGGAAUGAUAACUAUGAUUCUGGGUGAGGUAGCCAACUUCGCAGCAUAUGCAUUUGCUCCUGCCAUACUAGUUACUCCUUUAGGAGCUCUAAGCAUCAUAUUUAGUGCAGUGCUCGCACACUUCGUUCUGAAAGAGACAUUGCACAUGUUUGGUAUUGUUGGUUGCAUACUGUGUGUUGUUGGUUCCAUUGGUAUAGUUUUGCAUGCUCCAAAGGAGAUAAAGAUCGAUUCAAUGAGCGAAAUAUGGCAUCUUGCAACGCAGCCAGGAUUUAUUGUUUAUUCGUGCGUGGCUGUGGCUUGCGUUCUUUUAUUGAUAUUCUGGGUUGUUGAACGCUCUGGUCACAGGAAGAUGCUUGUUUAUAUUGCAAUCUGUUCAUUAAUGGGAUCUCUCACGGUUAUCAGUGUAAAAGCAGUUGCCAUUGCCUUAAAGAUAUCAUUUACUGGAUCAAAUCAAUUCAUCUACAUCCAGACAUGGUUCUUCGUAGUUGUUGUCACUAUUUGUUGUUUGGUGCAGUUGAACUACUUAAACAAGGCUUUGGACUCAUUCAACACGGCUGUGGUUUCUCCUGUAUACUACGUGAUGUUCACCAUUCUUACUAUUCUCGCUAACAUGAUCAUGUACAAGGAUUGGGCCUCGCAGACUGCGACACAGAUUGCGACACAACUAUGUGGGUUUGUUACCAUCGUCGCAGGGACUUUUCUACUUCACAAGACCAGGGAUAUGGGGAAUCCGCCGCCACCUGAUCAAAUUUGCCUAGAAGAAGCUAGAGAAUGUACUCCCCAGUCAACGAACAACUCUAACUGAACAUCUAACUAUACCAAAGGUGAUAUUAUCUUAUAGAACAUCUAUAGAUUCAAGUGGAGUUUUGCACUGUCUAUAUUGGGGUGAAAAUUGUAGAUAUAAUAUCAUUUAGGAAAGAGUGAAACUUUGGGGUUCUGUGAUAGAUCGAAUGAUCAAUGACUUUUCCUCUAGUAGAGGACAUAUUGAUGUAAUUAUACUCUUUCUGUACCACAUAAGGUGUCAAAAGCGAUGGGAAAAGCCA